GCCACAUGAUCCAGAAUCUCUAAGCCAGUCCCGGAACGCAAAACGUCGCCACCGCUUUCCUAUCGUAAGAAACUCGAGGUGGCAACUUCCGCUUCCGGUUGGCUGCGGCUGGAAGGUGGACUACUGAGUGUCCUGAGAGGUCAGAUUGCUGUCAGGUGAGCCAAACCCAGCCUACUGCCUGUUUCCUUAAGGCCCUUGAUCUGAGAAUGGUGAAGAUCUGCAAUCAUAUUGAUAAUAAGGAAUACUGACUUUGAGCUCUAGACAUGGCCCCAGGGCAUGGGCACGAACAUGGUCAUAAUAAGCUGGAAUUUCCAGACUACAGACAGUGGAGGAUAGAGGGGACACCAUUAGAAACCGUGCAGAGGAAGCUGGCUGCACAAGGAUUGAGGGACCCGUGGGGCCGCAAUGAAGCUUGGAGAUACAUGGGUGGCUUUGCCAACAAUGUUUCCUUUGUCGGCUCACUCUUAAAAGGGUUCAAGUGGGGAUUCGCAGCGUUUGUGGUGGCCGUGGGGGCUGAGUAUUACUUGGCAUCCCUAGAUAAAGAUAAGAAACAACACUGAAGAUGGUACCCACAAGUUCUCCAGUGACUUCUUAACUUGUGAAAAUAUGAUUUCUCCACUGUGUCCUACUUGUCUGUGUGUCUCUUAAGGAACACUGGUUAAGAUUUAAUAAAGAGGGUCGGGGAUUUAGCUCAACAGCAUAAGUGCCAGCCUGGCAAGCACGAGGACGCAAGUUUGAUCCCCAGUACCCACACACAAAAAAAAAUUUAAUAAAGAAAACAUAUGUCAA